AUGUUCUCGGCGUCAGAGAUUGAUGUUGAGGCCCUUGAUCGUACCCUGGAGGCGAUUGUUCCAUCGGUCACGUCCCAGAUGAAUGAGGAGCUCAGUGCCCUGUAUACUAGGGAGGAGAUCAAGCUUGCUCUUUUCCAGAUGUACCCACCUAAGUCCUCAGGACCAGAUGGGCUGAUUCUCAAGCAAAUUAAUUUCACGCAUAUUUGUCUCAUUCCGAAGGUAGAUAAUCCUGAGAAUAUGUCGGACUUGAGACCCAUUGCCCUCUGUAAUGUCAUUUACAAGAUCUGCUCGAAGGUGAUUGCUAAUAGAUUGAAGGUAGUCUUACCAUCGGUGAUCUCUCCCUUCCAGAGUGCUUUUGUUCCAGGGCGGUUGAUUACAGAUAAUAUUUUGGUGGCCAAUGAGAUGGCUCAUUUUGUACAUAAUAAGAGGGAUAGUCAAGAUGGCUACAUGGCUCUGAAACUUGAUCUAAGAAAGGCUUAUGAUAGAAUGGAAUGGGUUUUUCUAGAACAAGUUAUGAUUCAUUUUGGCUUUGCAAGGAGUUGGAUUGAAGUGGUGAUGCAGUGUGCUUCUCUUGGGGCGUGGCAAGAGCUAUUGGAAGUACUGGAGACUUAUAGGCGAGCUUCGGGGCAGUUGGUUAAUUUUGCCAAAAGCUCGGUGGUGUUUAGCAAGAAUGUAUCUGAGGAGGUGAAGGAGGAGAUCUCGGGUACUUUGGGUGUGGAGGUUGUGGCCUCACAUGAGAAGUAUCUCGGGUUACCCACUUAUGUGGGGCGCAAGAAAACUUCAACUUUUCAUUAUAUAAAGGAAAGAUUGGGUAAGAAGUUGUCUGCUUGGCAAGGAAAGCUGUUGAGUGGUGCAGGGAAAGACAUUUUGAUACGUGUAGUAGCACAUGCACUUCCUACGUAUGCUAUGAGUGUCUUCCAGUUGACUAAGAGUUUCUGCGAGGAUUUGGAACAAAUGUGUGCAAGAUUUUGGUGGGGUAGCACAUUGGAUAAAAGGAAGAUUCAUUGGAAAAAUUGGAAUGUUUUGUGCAACCCGAAGGAGGGUGGUAAACCGGUACCUUCGGCUUUGGCUAUUGUAGAGGUCAAUAAGGUGGAUAAUUUAUUGGUGGCUACGGGGGUGUGGAAUGCUCCAUUGAUUAACAGGUUAUUUUCGGAUGAGGAAGCAGCGGCGAUUAUGGCUAUUCCCUUUAGUACUAGGAAUGUGGUGGACCGUUUGGUAUGGAAGCUAUCACGGGAUAAGAAGUUCUCGGUAAAGACUGCUUAUCGCUAUGCUUUUACUCAUUCAUCAAGUUUUUGUCCCAUGCCUUUGCCGGUUGGAAGUGCAUUCUGGAAGAAGUUUUGGAAGGUGGCUAUACCGAACAAAGCAAAGAUACAUAUGUGGAGAGUGUGCCUUGACAUUCUGCCAUCUUUAGGCAGCUUGGCUACGAGGAGAGUAUUGUUGGAUUCUCUGUUGGCUAAUGUAGGAAUUCAUAUGACAAAUGAAGACAUAAUUGUCUCUGUUCUUCUUGGAUUGCCAUCAGACUAUACUACCAUGAAAACUAUAAUCAGGGCUAAGCAUAACCCCAUUUCAAUGCAAGAGUUAAGGUCUCUUUUGCUCAUUGCUGAAGCUGAAGUUGAAGAGGUUGACAAGUCUAUUUCCUUACCUUCCAAUACUGAAAUCGUAGCACAAGGUGAUAAUGUCAGAGGGUCUACUCCUGCACCAACUCUUGUUACAGAUGCCAAAUAUGACCAAAGUCGAUAA